AUCCUCAACCUCAAAUUUAGUUGAUUCACACAUCAGACACUAAUGAUAUAUUUUCUGUAUAUAUUCUCAAACAAAAAACAAUUUAGAUAAACUUAAAUCCAAAUCAUUCUGACCCCACCCAACUCUCCGGCCUUUUUAUUCCCAACAAUUUCUUCUUCUUCCCCUCCUCCAUUUAAACUCUGAAGCUUUUCAAACACCACGCAAAACCCCUUCUUUCUCUCUCUUUUCAACCCCCCUUUUCAGGAAAAAGUAACACAUUUUUUAUUCAAAUUCUUCCGUUUUGGUUGAUUUUACAGAGGUGGUCUUGUUUACAUGGCCUGUUCAUUGAACUGGGGUUCAUAUCUUUCUGGGUUCAAUGGGACUGUGGUGGGCUCAAAUUCCAAUAGGGUUGCCUGGUUUGGCACAUCAUUGACUUCUUUAGAAUCUAAGGAUUCAACGUCAAAAAAGUUUCCUCUUUUGAGCAUUGAUUUUGUGGGCAAACCACUAGUUGUCCCAGAUCAGAAAGGUUCGAGAAAUUGGAGCAGCAAACCUGGAAACAGAUUCUCUGUUCAAGCACGAACAGCCUGCGUGAGUAGAGCUAUGAGAUGGUGGGAGAAGAAUCUUAAACCCAACAUGGUGAAGAUCCACUCGGCAGAUGAACUUGUGGAUUCCUUGCAAAAUGCUGGGGAUAGAUUGGUUAUUAUUGAUUUCUAUUCACCUGGUUGUGGAGGCUGCAAAGCUCUCCAUCCUAAGAUCUGUCAGUUGGCUGAACAGAAUCCGAACGCGAUUUUCCUAGAGGUUAACUAUGAAGAUCUAAAUAACAUGUGCCAGUGUCUCGACAUUCAUGUCUUACCAUUCUUUAGAUUCUAUAGAGGUGCUAAGGGGCGAGUAUGCAGCUUUAGCUGCACUAAUGCUACUAUCAAAAAAUUCAAAGAUGCAUUGGCAAAGCAUGGUGCUGAUCGAAGCAGCCUUGGCCCUGCGAAAGGUUUGGAUGAGUCUGAGCUGAUGACAUUAGCAUCAGCUGGUGAAUUAUCAACCAAUUUUGAAUUACCUUCCACCAAGGAAAAAAGAUUGGAGGAUUUACUCAUGAGACGUGUAGAACUGUCUGGUAUCAUGAAAAAUGCAGACAAUAGCAAGAUGGAGCUUAAAGAAGAGGCUGCUCUGCUCUAGGUUUUGAUUUGUUAGUAAGCGUAUGCAGGAGUAGUUAUGGAAGAGGAGUGAAGUGGCUCCAUCCUCCAAUUUUGAUAUUGGUAAUUCUCUAUUUUCCAUUUGUAUAUAUCAUUAGCUGAGUUUUUCAUAAGCAGGCUCUGGGCUUUUUGAGUUGAGCCUUGCCAAUUUUAUUUAUUUCUUGAUUGGACGUUGUUGUAUUCUUGUCAAGAAAUUGGUAUAGAUUUAUCUAUAAUAUUGUUAUUAUAAAUGUUUGGAACCAUUUGGAAACUAUUCAAGUUCCACAUUUGUUCUA